AUGGAAGCACAACGUUGUGUUCAACGUAAAAACAAUCACGACUCCCGCUACACGAAUCCUGAUAUUAAAACUAAAUUGUUGAUUGAAGAGGAGGCAUCUGAGACAUUUACACGAACUGUGUUCUUUGAAAUCCAAAAGGAGAUAAUGGCAUCCAUGCUUACAUGUUACUCAAUUAAAGUCGAAGAAUAUGACGAAAUUAAUAAAUUCAGCAUCAAAGAUACCGACAAAGACGUUAAGCAUUUUGAUGAUUUUGAGUUACUUGCUCUUGUUUACGCUUUGAAUUAA